GCUGCUGGUCGCUAUCCUCGCCGUGGCCUCCACCUGCCGGAGAAACAAGAUGCACUUCCAACGUAAGCUGCUGCAGGGCUCAGGCCCCCACUCAGGGAACUCCUCCCCGGGCCAGGCAGAGCUCUGCCCGCUCUCAGUUACCACCCCGUCUGACCGCCCCAGUGACACUUUCCAGGCUGAGGACUGUAGCAGAGAGUCCUUGUGUCAUCAUGUCCAAGAAGGGAAAGUCAAGGGCAGCGACUCCCAGGGUCACGAUCUUGUUCCUUUUCACCCGCCAUCUCCUUGGCAAGAGCAUGAGUCUGCUUCAAGUUUAAGCUCCCAUUCAACUCCUGAUCAGUUUAGUGUGCAAGACAGUGGGAAAGGAGAUAGCGAGUUUAAUGAUAGUGCUUCUGAUAUCAGUGGGGAGGGGUUAAAGAAACCACCUUCACAGGUAGCUGAAAAGCAAGUUGGUAACUUGGCACACAUUAAAGGAGCCCAUUUGCAGAAAGUGCUGUUUCCCUACUUUAUGGUGUCUCAAGCUGAGCAUCCCAAAAUAGGUACUGCAGCCUGUAUGGCUGGAAGGACUUAUAAGGACACAGAAAGAUACUGUAGCUUGUAUGCCCACCAGUCCCAAAGAAGUAAAACCAUCCCAUUGCACUGUGAAAGUGAUUAUGUGAUUGCAUAUUCUACAACUCCAAUUUAUCAGCCCAUGGUUCAGCUUGAAAAGUCUCAUUUUCUUCCACAGAAGUUAAUAUUCCUAAAACUGAAAGACUACAAAGUGUGUAUGAAAGAGUUCUAA